AUUGGCUAGUCGACUGUCUGUUUUAUACCCACAGUUCCCCGUUGUAGUGACUGGAAACGACAAGAGGAAGAUGGAGUUCUUCAGAGCAGUAAGGGGGUUUAACAGCUUUCAAAUGGCGAUGCUAGCCGUCUUUGCAGUCCUGAUAGCAGGUGUGUUCGGGAACAGCUUCACCGUGCUGCGAGCUCCUCGGUAUGUCACCUUCAAGGAAGGACAGUGGCCCAUCUCUGGGGAGAGGAUCCCUGACCUGGUGGCCUUAACCUUGGGCUUCUCCGUGAAAGAGGACUUGGCUUGGCCUGGCCUGCAGGUUGGCAGUCUGUUUCGUCGCCCUCGUGCGAAUGCUCUCAUUGUAGUGAGGGGCGUGGAUCAGCUGCCUCUGCCAAAGAGUGGAACUUCAUAUCCUGUUGAGAAUGCGGUUCCCUUUACUCUGGACAGUGUUGCCAAUACUAUCCACUCUCUAUUCCCGGAAGACUAUCCUAUCGUUUUGCAGCUGGCUCCGAUUGAAGAGGGGGUGUUCAUGGGUGGCAAGGCGAACGCAGUGUUUGAAGAGCUGCCCGUGACGCUGCGUCAGAUCCGUAGCAGGCUGUCUCAGAACAACUCUGUCCUUGACGUCCUGCCCCCAAACUCCUUGAACAGAAACAGUGAGGUGGUUCAGCUGUUCUUCUCUGAGCUGCAAGUCCUACAGGAUAUCGUUACUUUGCUGUCUCAGCACAAGCACCUGGUGAGUGAGCACUCCCCAGACCUGUACUCCCUGGAGCUGUCCAGCCUGGAGGCGAUGGAGAAGAGCUACGGACAGGACUCCCAGCAGUUCAAGGAAGCCAUGCAGAUUCUGGCCAGCAUGCUGCAGAAGUUUGCUGAUGAUAUGUUCAGUAUCUACAACAGCAGUGCCGUGGUGGAGCUGGUGACGGUGAAGAAGUUUGAUAGCCCUCUCGUGAGGAAGACACGAUCCAUCCUGGAGUCUAAGCAGAUUAGUAACCCAGGAAGCCCGUACAACCUGGCCUACAAGUACAACUUUGACUACGCCGUGAUCUUCAACAUCAUUCUGUGGAUGAUGAUCGUCCUGGUUCUGGCUGUGAUAGCGAUCUCCUACAACCUGUGGAACAUGGACCCAGGCUACGACAGCAUCAUCUACAGGAUGACCAACCAGAAGAUCCGGGUGGAUUAGUCGCCUCUCCUACAUUCCCGUUCAAACACGCACGCGGUCUCAGUUUUAGGGAGUGGUCUUUUAUUUCCAAUACAAGUGUCUUGUAAUGGUAUUGUGUAUUCCCCCAAAAAAGAAUUUGUGAGAGCUACAGUAAAAACUUUCAUAUCACAUUUAAUUGGUUCCAGGGAUUCAUUAUAAAUGUCGGGUACAUCAGUGUGUCUAAAAAGCACCACAGUACAGUAACGCACUUAUAAAGAAAGUCUGAAUUAUUGCAGAACAAAUCACUGUAAUACAGUAUUUGGCAAUUAUAAAACAGCAUUCAAAAAACAGUUCUUACUGUGCUUUCUCUGUCUAUGCCAAAGUAAUCUGACUUUGUGAAUUUUUGCACUGUGUGUGUUAACCCAAGACCGAAACAAGAAGAAAGAGCGAACACAACACAAAUGAUCUUUGAAGGUCAAGGAACAAAUCUUGUUUCAGCUUUAACGGUACAAUGAUUACUCCCUUGUUUUCUUUUAUUUCUCAUGGUUAAACAUGAAGAGACAGCAUGUGAAAAGUGAAACUGAAUUCCCAAACACACCUUUUUAUUUUUAAAUUUGCAACUGAAUCCACUCUGUCCUGCUAAGAGCUGACUUUACUAUUUUAUACCCAUAAUAAAAUGUGCAUUGAUCAGUUUCCACCUGUACCGGUGAGUUGGUGAAUAGAGGAUAUCGUAUCUUCCAGGUUCUACUGUAUUCUGUAUGCGGGUCACAAUUUAGUAUUUCCCUCAGUUCCAUAGUGCAUUACAUACACUCCUAUAUAGUGAGUCUAAUUUAAAAUGAUUACUUAUUUGUUGAAACUUGGUUUAAAUGAAAAGAUUAAUGUAAGAGUUCUUAUCAGUUUGUUAUAAAUUCACAAAAAAGUAAUCCAUUUAGGUUAGGCCUUUAUUACUAAGUAAAAGGUCCCACCUAAACUGCUGAUUGGGUGUCAUUCCUCCUGGAGCUUCUCCUGAACCUGUUUUGUGAAGAAUGGUUUGUUUUAUUUGGUUUUCCUGAGGAUGUGUUUUUUUUCUUUUUUUUCUUUUUUUUUUUUUUUGGUCUUGACACUGAACUACUGUUGAUGCAGUAUGACCAUUACUUUGUAAGGUUUAUUUUUUUUCAAACUAGUGAAAAUUGUCUCUCUCCGAUGUUGUAAAUGUUUGUCUAGGAACAAUGUUUACCUAUAUAAUGUAAUUUAACAAAUGAAGGGGGGGAACGCUCUGUAUAUAUAUAGAAUAGUCAAAACGCUGGUCUGGUCUUAAUGUUGUCUUUUAUUAAUGCUCUGUUUUGGUAACCCAUUCCGACACUGGCAGUGUGUUUUGUCAAAAUGAAUUCUGUUUCGCCAGUCAAACUUUUUGAAAUUGGGUAUUAAAAUGUCGGAUGAUUUAAACUAUGCAGCCAAAGCUCAAACCUUGUUCCUGAAAAUUGGACUGUGUCGAUUGCAUUGCUGCAGACGCAUUGGAUUUCCACAUCCUUUCACAAACAGGACCAAUUGCAAGAUCAUCAGGUAUAAGUAAAACAUUACAUGUACACUGCUGCCACUAGGAUAUGUGUGAAAACAUUCUGUGAAACUUCAAUGUAAAAUACAUUCAAUAAAUAACCGUCCAGUAAAA